GAGACCAGGGAUCCAUUGACCACGAUGUAGCUGUAUACUUGCGAGGCCACAACACCGGUGGUGGGCUGAGGGUGAGCUGAGGGGCUGACAGGAAGCAGCGGAGAUAAAAACACAACGAUGAAGAAGAUCAGAUAACAGGAAUUAGGAAAAGCAAACUGCUGAUGUGAUUGAGCUGGAAGAAUAGGAAAGGUUCACUUCAGUAGCCAAAGCUGAUCAGAGAGAGACACACCAUCAUGAUGAAACUAAAAGGAUCCUUCCUCAUCACCGUCAGCUGUCUGCCUUUAGCUGUGUUUUCCUUGACAUGCUACACGUGUGUGUUUCCAGCAAUCUCUCCAGUGGACUGUUUGACAUUCCCCCAGGAAUGUCCCAUGGGUCAGCGAUGUCUUGCCAGCACAGCUGUAGGAGUUAAAGGAUCAGUGUACAUUGUUCUGUACGAGCGGAGCUGUGCCCUGCCAUCACAGUGUGACCUGAGUGGAGAGAAGCAUGCAGCAGGGCUUAACUUCAAUUACACUAAUGAGUGCUGUGACACAGAUCUCUGCAACACUGCUGCAACCAUCAGCCCCCUCUUCUGGACAGGAGCAGUACUGGGCCUCUGCAGUCUGACCCUCUUGCUCCAGCUGGGAUGAGUGAGGUCUAAUCUUAUAGGAGGUGCCAAUUACAUUAUCAACAAAGACUUUUAUUUACAAACACAACUACAUACCAAGACUUAUUAAUCUGUUUAAAACCAAUGCAUCUAUAAAGCUUAAAUUUUAAAUGCACAUACGACUGAAACUAUAAGUCCAAAUGUGCACCUUCAUGCACACAGCAUGCUUGAACGGAAGUGUCUGCAACCACACACACACAGAGCAAGUUAAGGCUUAUAAGAAUGAGUCAUGUAGUUACUCAUUGCUCAUUUGUUCUCACAUGCACACACGUUUGUUUUUGUGAAUUGUGGGGACAUUCCAAAGGCGUAAUGGUUUUUAUACUGUACAAAACGUAUUUUCUAUUCCCCUUCACCACCCCUACCCCUAAACCUACCCAUCACAGCCUUUUGAAAAAUGGGGACAUGGGGUAAUGUCCUCAUAAGUCACCCUCUCCUUGUAAUACCUUUGUCAUACCCAUGUCAUUAUACAAAUUUGUGUCCUGAUGUCACAAAAAAACACACACACGCACGCACGCACGCACGCACACACGCACACACACACACACACACUUAAAUUUAAAAAGCACACAACUUGUUCUUUUAAAUAUAAACAGUUAAUCUGAGUUUAGGUUUAUUUGCUUUGCCUUGUUUUCUGCUCUAAAAACUAACAAUAGUAAAACAACAAUAAGGUAACAAUUUUUUUUUAAUUCUAGAAAAAAAUAAAUACUUAUAUUCAUAUGAACAGGUCAUAUUCUAGAGCCUGUUCCUUUUCUAUAGAGCACAACAUAAGUUUUCUAUUCUU